AUGGAUCCAAACAAUUCUCAACAAAAUGAAUUCAAUCAUGAAUCAACUGAUUUAACACCACCAUCGACCGCAAAUAAUAUUCCUCAACGACAGAAUCAUAACGUCCGAAUGGGUACAUCACAACCAGUACCAUUUGCAUCUUGGGCAACCGGAAUGUCGCAAGCUUCAAUUGAUUCUGAAGAAAAUGCUACACAAGAAUUGUUUGAUAAAAUCGAACAAUUGAUAUGUGAAUACAUGCAAGAACCUCGUCGACACUAUUUACAUUGUCGAGUUCUACGCUGGUGUGUUGAUGACAAUCCAUCAAGUUUAUUUACUUCCAUCAUUGUCAUCAAUCCUCCAACAAAUGAUCCCUAA